CGCCGUCAUGUGACCGCCGCGCUGUGGCAAGAUGGCCGCCUCCUGCUUGGCCCUGCUGCUGCCGCCAUUGCUGCUGCUGCUGCUGCUGCUGCUGCUGCUGGGGGCGGAGGCGGCCUGGAAGCGCAGGUCCCGGGGGCGCGCGGCCCCACACGUGGCGGUCGUGGUUCUGGGCGACGUGGGCCGCAGCCCCCGCAUGCAGUAUCACGCGCUGUCGCUGGCCAGCCAUGGCUUCUUCGUGACUCUCCUGGGCUACUGCGACUCCAAACCCCAUGAUGAGCUCCUGCAGAAUGAAAAAAUUCAGAUUGUGAGUUUGACAGAACUUAAGAGAUUUGCAGUUGGGCCCCACAUUCUCCAGUAUGGAGUCAAGGUUGUAUUUCAGGCAGUGCACUUGAUGUGGAAGUUGAUGUGGAGACAGCCAGCAGCUUACAUCUUUCUCCAGAAUCCCCCAGGCCUGCCUGCCAUUGCUGUCUGUUGGUUUGUGGGCUGUCUCUGUGGGAGCAAGCUCGUCAUUGACUGGCACAACUAUGGCUACUCCAUUAUGGCUCUGGUGCAUGGGCCCAGCCACCCCCUGGUUCUGCUGGCCAAGUGGUAUGAGAAGCUCUUUGGACGUCUGUCCUACCUGAACCUGUGUGUGACCAAAGCAAUGCAGGAAGACCUGGCAGAGAACUGGGGUAUCAGAGCUGUGACUGUCUACGACAAGCCAGCCUCUUUCUUCAGAGAGACGCCCUUAGAUGUACAACACCAGCUCUUUGUGAAGCUGGGCCGCACCUACCCUGCAUUCAGGGCCUGCUCAGAGUCCUCGGACCCGGCUGUGGAGAGGUCAGCCUUCACACAGCGGGACCUACAGAGCGGGCUGGUAACACGUCCCCGUGGGCGGCCAGCCCUGCUGGUCAGCAGCACCAGCUGGACAGAGGAUGAAGACUUCUCCAUCUUGCUGGCAGCCUUAGAAAAGUUUGAACAGCUGCUUCUGAAUGGAGAAAGCCUGCCUCCUCUGGUCUGCGUGAUAACAGGCAAAGGGCCUCUGAAGGAGUUUUACAGCCGCCUCCUCAGCCAGAAGCAGCUCCAGCACGUCCAGGUCUGUACCCCGUGGCUGGAGGCCGAGGACUACCCCCGACUUCUAGGGUCAGCAGAUCUGGGUGUGAGCCUGCACACGUCCUCUAGCGGCCUGGACCUGCCCAUGAAGGUGGUGGACAUGUUCGGCUGCUGCCUGCCUGUGUGUGCUGCCAGCUUCCGGUGCUUACACGAGCUGGUGAAGCAUGAGGAGAAUGGCCUGGUCUUCAGGGAUGCAGAGGAGUUGGCCGCACAGCUGCAGAUGCUUUUCUUCAAGUUUCCAGAUCCUGCUGGCAAACUCUCGCUUUUCCGGAAGAAUCUGCAGGGUUCUGAGCCGCUCUGCUGGGAGGAGAGCUGGAGGCACACAGUGCUUCCGCUGUUGGUGGAUACCUGAGGCUGCGGCUGGAGCCCAGACUCUCAGGCGGCUGCAAGCCCUUCAUCCCCACCCGGAAGCCUGCCUCUUGCAGCUGCUGUUUUCCCCGCCAGAUAGGGUGCAGCAGAGCCACCCACUGGUCGGCAGUGGCCACCUGUGGAAUGAGGCAGCUUCAAGGCUGGGGCUUGUGGUGGCUUGGCCAUUGUUUUGAGGACCAGGAAACCGAGGCUCUGAAUCACUUCUCUUCUGCUGCCCCAGGAGCUUUCUCCCACCCCAUUAAUUUUCUAUUUAACGUGGUGCCUCCCUGCUGCCGUCCCUCGGCCUCUCCAGCAUCUGUCCCGUCAUCUGUCCUCAUGUUCUUCUCCGUGAACCCUGAUGCAAGAGCAGGGCUGAAGGGAGCUACUCGAGAGGUCUGUUUCUCACUUGCACAUGUGAAGUGCUAGCUGAGCCAGUGUCUUACUUCUGACUGGUCAAAGCUUCCUUGGCCUGAGAGAGCUCAGUAGAAGAGUGCAGGGACUUCCAAGCACAAAUUCCUGAAUCUGAUCCCUGGCACUGCACAUGCUAGAGUGAUGCUCUGGUUGGUUUUCCUCUUGUUAAAAAAUGAUUUCUUGGGAGUCGGGCGGUAGCACAGCGGGUUAAGCGCAGGUGGCGCUAAGCACAAGGACCAGUGUAAGGAUCCCGGUUCGUGCCCCCGGCUCCCCACCUGCAGGGGAAUCGCUUCACAAGCGGUGAAACAGGACUACAGGUGUCUAUCUUUCUCUCCCCUUCUUUGUCUUCCCCUCCUCUUUCCAUUUCUCUCUGUCCUAUCCAACAACAACGAGAUCAACAACAACUAUAAUAAAACAACAAGGGCAACAAAAGGGAAUAAAUUAAAAAAAAAAAAGAUUUCUUUUUAAACCAGAGCACUGCUCAGCUCUGACUUGUGGUGCUGGGGAUUGAACCUGGGAGGGAGCUCAGAGCUUCAGUCACUUGCAUAACCAUUCAGCUGUCCCCUAGCCCAAAAGUAAAUAAAUCUUAAAACGAAACCAAAACUGCUGAUAGAAGGUGGUGCCCACAAACUUGAACAGGUUGUGUAUACUGGAAUAAUUCUGUUUCCUGGUGCAGAAUUUAACAUUCUCCAAAUAUUCAAGUUCAGUGAAGGGUUU